AUGCGUAUGAAUCGCGCCACGACGGAUCUCCUCCUAUCGAUGUAUCCAUACUACACACGAGUCACACAAGAAAUCAAGGUUCGAAUCCGUGGUUUGCCAGUUGAAGAGGAUAUUCGUAUGUUGAGACAGUUGCAUCUUGGAAUGUUGAUUCGGACGUCGGGAGUUGUCACCGUGACAACAGGUAUCUUACCGCAACUCUCAAUCGUCAAAUACGAUUGUAUGGCGUGUGGGUAUAUCCUUGGACCGUUCGUGCAACGCUACGACGAAGAAAUCAAGCCAAGCACUUGUCCAUCGUGUCAAAGUCGUGGUCCAUUCGAACUGAAUAUGGAAAAUACCAUCUAUCACAACUAUCAACGAAUCACCAUUCAAGAGAGUCCAAAUGCCGUAGCGGCAGGACGACUGCCACGAAGUAAAGACGUGAUUUUGUUGGGCGAUUUAUGUGAUACGUGCAAACCGGGAGAUGAAAUCGAGGUGACCGGUGUGUACAGUAACACUUACGACGGUUCAAUGAAUACCAAACAAGGAUUUCCUGUGUUCAACACCGUGAUUCAUGCUAAUCAUAUCUCGAAAAAAGAUAAAAUCGCUUCAGAUAGUCUGACUGAUGAGGAUAUUCAGGUUUGCUUGGAUCUUCAAGAAUCUUUACAGAAUUGGAAUGACACUGGAAACUUACGAUCUAUGUGUAAAAAAUAA